AGCUUUGGUUUUGAAGCUGAGGAUCUCUCUUAAAGCAACUUAUCUAUUCCUAGGGAAAGAGGACAAUGGAGAUUGCAUCUCAAAUUAUUGGUCCCGUUGUGAACAUUUUGACUGGUCAUAUCACGAAACACGUAGAACAUGUCACUUCCUCAGCAAAACGUGUUGCGGACAUGAUAUGCAAAAUGGAGGUUUUGAAAGGUAAAAGCAAAGAUGUCAAUGAGCACAAGGAAAGAAACAAGAGAAAUAAUAAAGAGAUACCUGCUCGUGUAGAGGGUUGGUUGAGAGAUGUUGAAAAUGUCAAAGAUGAAGUUCAAAGCAUUUCAAGUGACGUCAAUAUUGGAUGUUUAAAUAUAAAAAAGAGGCACCGAGCAGGAAGAAACGCCUUCAAGACUAUUGAGAAGAUUGAGUGUCUUAUUAAUGAAGAAGAAAAAAUUAGUUGGAGUGAUGCCAUUAUACCUCUUGGAAGAGUCGAUUCCAAACCAUCACCAUCAUGUGAAGUUACUCAAAAUGACUUCCAAUCAAGAGAUAAGGCAUUUAAGGAUGCGUUGAAGUACCUUCAACAAGAUGACACGAAUAGUCAAGUAGUAGCCUUGUGCGGAAUGGGUGGGGUUGGCAAGACCACCAUGAUGGAACAACUCAAAAAGGUUGCACAUGAUAAUAAGAUGUUUAAUUGGAUUCUGAAGUCAGUUGUGGGGCAAAAUCUCAACAUGCUUUCUGUUCAGAAUGAUAUAGCAACAUACUUAGAGGAUUGUAAUCUGCCUAAAGCUUCAAAAUCGGUAAGAGCGGAUUAUCUUUGUGAAAAAUUUAAAAACUUGUCACAAGAUAAUAAAAAGGUUCUAAUUAUAUUAGAUGAUGUGUGGGAGAAGAUUGAGCUCAAAGAUAUUGGAUUAACAAGUCCAUUGCCAAAGGGAGUCAAGGUGUUGCUUACGUCGCGGAAAGAUAAUAUUUGCAAACAAAUUGCAGUUGUUGCUAAUUCAGAUCUUCAAGUAGUCAAAGUAGAUGUCUUGGAGGAGGCAGAAGCACAUAAUUUUUUUUCGGGUAUUACAGGAGUCUUAGAAGAACAUGAUCCGGACAAGUAUCACAUUGGAUUUGUUAUUGUCAAAAAAUGUGGUUAUUUACCACUGGCCAUCAAACUUAUUGCAUUAACCCUUAAAUCUGAAGAAAUAUCUGUAUGGAGAAGUAGACUUAACUGCUUGAAUAAUCAUGAUCUUGAUAAAAAUGUGCAAGAAAUUAUCAAGAUAAGCUACGAGUAUAUAGAAGAAGAUGAGUGUAAAGCGAUUUUUCUGCAUUGUGGUCUGUUUCCAGAGGAUGCUAAUAUAUCAAUAGAGGAUCUCACGAGACAUGCAUGGGGCCUGAAGCUGUUAAAAAUGUUUCUACUUUAAGAUAUGCUAGAGACAAGACAAAAACAUGUGUAAAGAAGCUCAUCCAUGCAAAUUUGUUGAUCAAUGGUGAUCAUGUUGGAUGUGUUAAAAUGCAUGAUCUUGUUCUUGCUUUUGUGGUAGGUAGAGUUUCUAAUGGUGAUCCCGCCUGGAUUAUUAA